AUGUGUCCUACUGAACUGUAUGAUGGGGAGAUGUGUCCUACUGAACUGUAUGAUGGGGAGAUGUGUCCUACUGAACUGUAUGAUGGGGAGAUGUGUCCUACUGAACUGUAUGAUGGGGAGAUGUGUCCUACUGAACUGUAUGAUGGGGAGAUGUGUCCUACUGAACUGUAUGAUGGGGAGAUGUGUCCUACUGAACUGUAUGAUGGGGAGAUAUGUCCUACUGAACUGUAUGAUGGGGAGAUGUGUCCUACUGAACUGUAUGAUGGGAGAUGUGUCCUACUGAACUAUAUAAUGGGGAGAUGUGUCCUACUGAACUGUAUGAUGGAGAUGUGUCCUACUGAACUGUAUGAUGGGGAGAUGUGUCCUACUGAACUGUAUGAUGGGGAGAUGUGUCCUACUGAACUGUAUGAUGGGGAGAUGUUUCAUAAUGAACUCUAA